AUUGAUAACUCUGGGAGUUUCACAACUCCCUGACUUAGCAUUAUGAAUACGCUAGACACCUCCGCCCGUGAUUACAAACGAUAUUUUGUGGUUUUAUAGCCACACUUUCUUUGGUUUAAGAUCACCUCAAAUAUCAUUCCAUAUUCUGGAAUUGUAUUAUUUGUGUUAUGUCUUCGCGGAUGUUUGCAUCAUUUUAAAGCUAUUGUGCUUAUUUCUUCAAUGGAUUUGCAACUCUAGUACCGUAAAGUAAACAAUUAAAACAAGCGCCUGUAAUAGUCUAUACUAGCCUAAAUAUAUUUAUGUCUCGAAUACACCGAAUUUAAUACGGUUAAAACAUUGGAGGCUAAAGCAUCACAGCCAAAUUCGUUGUUGCGCGAUCACGGCGAAUCCAUAGCACGUAGUCAGAUAAAAGCUUAGGGGGCGGUUUGUCUGGUUUUAAUUGUUUGGUUUGAUUAUGCGCUAUUCCCAAACGAAGAAAGGAAUUUUGGAUUCUGGGAGGUCGCGCAACAACGAAUUUGGCGAUAAGAUCGUGUCAAUAAACGAUAAACCCAAGGAUUCGAGGUCUAGGUUCAGGUGUAGAAAUCUGGCCCUCUUCAUUGUGAACUGAGAGUCCCUCGUCUUUUCGGAUAAGGUAGGCAACACUUAUGGUUGUAAAACUUCGUGAAGCUCGUUAUCUAUCAUUGAAUAACAAGUCACCAUUAAUGCGAUGAAUGAUAUCGUAAUAACGGCUAUGAAAAAUACUAUUACUUUGAGUUUUUCCUCUUCUUUUGUAGAUCAGAAAGGGCCGGGGAAGGUGUAGAUACAAAAUACAAACUUGCAUACUAUAUAACACCCCGUUAACAUGCAUUCGUUUUAGUUCGAAGACGCAGCCUUUUAGUUUGGAAUUUAACACGCAAUACGAAGGGUAUUUACUUCGAAAAGGCUCGUCUUUGGCUAAGCUACACAAACACGCAGAAAAGGAUGUGCAAGGAAGGCAGCCACGUACUAACAGUUCCCUUCGCUUGCAAAUCAAGCAGGGAAAAAUAAAGAAACAGCACAAGAUCUUAUCCGAAAAUAUAAGAAUGGAAUCCUUUAUUCCUCUAUUGGCUGCUGUAGCUCUCUUCAGUCCGUCAUGUUCUGGAAUCGGCUGCCCGCGGCCGGCGGACCCCUGCCUAAGCUACACCGAGAUUAACAACACCCAAAGAAGUGUAUCAAACAAGUUAAACCCGGGCGCAACCGCACUUUGCGAUUACAUGCUCCAGUCGGGAUGGUAUCGUUUCACGGGUGAAACUGGUGGAGAAAUUCCAACAUCUAAGCCAGAGCCAAACUCAUGUGGAACUGUAGCUCCAAUAUGGAUGAGAGGGACACUUCCAAAUAGCACAUGGAUGGUUAUGAAUGUAACCGCGUGCAUCAACCUUGCGAAUGUGCAAGAAGGAUGUGCUAGGACGAUUGAUAUAUGUGUGGAGAAGUGCGAAGCAGGAUUUUUUUGUUUACUACCUUAGACCUCCACUUGGAUGCUCAAUGGCUUACUGUGUUGUGGGAAAAGAGUCCUGCCAAGGUGGUGAUGUUUCUAAUUGUACAGUUUUAGGAAACACAACACAACUUCCAACAACACAACUUCCAACAACACAAAUGCCAACAACACAAAGUCCAACAGCACAAAUGUCAACAACACAAAGUCCAACAGCACAAAGUCCAACAGCACAAAUGUCAACCACGGAUGCUGGCGACAUAAUUAGAGGAAACACAACACAACUUCCAACAGCACAAAUGUCAACAACACAAAGUCCAACAACACAACUUCCAACAACACAAAGUCCAACAGCACAAAGUCCAACAGCACAAAUGUCAACCACGGAUGCUGGCGACAUAAUUUACGACUUCAUAGAAAACUUCCACAUUAUCGGGUUUGAAGCGAGAGGUCCCCGCCAGAACGUCACAAUAAUCGCCUGGUCUACAGCCCUGGGGAGCAGCGUACGUGUCGUUGAGUGUGUAAGAAUUCGUAUUACUUCCCGCUUCGUUGCUGAUAUGGAUGUCAUGGCCAACACCAAACGUUGGACCGUACCAUACGUGGUCAUAAAUGGCAUAUUGAUCAGAUAUUCCUCUCAGCGGUAGCUUGGCCGGGCUGUACCCGUUCUUGUUGUACAAGGUGUAAAGAAACGCCUUGCUGGACCACUGAUAUGCACUGUUAAACACUUUAGAGGAAAAGACAUUGUAUUUUGAAAAUAAUAGUUUUAACAUUGCCUAAAAGCAAAGCUCCAAACCAAAACAAAAGGAAGAUGACUUCAAACAGCACGUGACCAUUCCGUUUCACCCCUCUGACACUGAAGACACAUGAAGUCUCACAAUAUUAGUUGAAGAUUUUUAUUUCAUGAAAUACGAAAUAUAUGUUUUUGAUGACGUCGUAUUACAUCGCACGCCAUAUGACUAUCCUGCUAGCUCCCCUUGACGCCUUCAUAACAUAUCCUAAGCCUUGUUGUCUGAAGAUGACGCCUUCAUAACAUAUCCUAAGCCUUGUUGUCUGAAGAUGACGCCUUCAUAACAUAUCCUAAGCCUUGUUGUCUGAAGAUGACGCCUUCAUAACAUAUCCUAAGCCUUGUUGUCUGAAGAUGACGCCUUCAUAACAUAUCCUAAGCCUUGUUGUCUGAAGAUGACGCCUUCAUAACUUAUCCUAAGCCUUGUUGUCUGAAGAUGUUUCAAUGGUGAGUGAUGUGGAUAUUUUCGUUCAUUCGUUCGAUAUGUGGAAUUUUUUGAUGACGUAUCGACUUCAAAGAUCACGUGACCAUCUUUUUGCACCCCCCCCCCCCUUCCCCCCACCUUUGACAUCUACAUGACACAUAACAAGUUUAGUUGCCAUGCGAUGUUUCUUUUAAAAGAUAUGGUAAUUUUUUUGGCUUUUUGAUUAUAAUUUUUAGUUUUAAUGACCUUAGCAUUUCUUUUUAUUUAUGUGACGUCAUUGAUAGCGUAAAAUAUCACGUGACCAUAUUAUCAGGUAUGAUCACCAAACUUGGUAGGUGUCAUGUAUUUGUCAAGGGAGUGCAAAGAUGUGGUCACGUGAUGCGUGCAAAAUUAUUCCGAUUUAAUUAAGAACAAGAAUAUAAAUAUCUCAUAUGACAACCAAACUUGGUAGCUAAUAUAUAUGUGACAAGGGGUUGGAGCGAGAUAGGCGUGUGAUGUGUGACGAGGCGAUGCCGUCAUAAAAAAAAGGAAGCAAAAAUAUUCAAAUUUUGUGAUAUAAAAAUUGUAAACCAAAUAAAAUUGGAAGACGUCAUGUGAAUGUAAAGGCGUCAUGUGAAUAUAAAACAAAAUGGGCAAGUGUUGCGUGACGUCAUCGAUGGUAGAAUCAUCGUCAGCCUUUAAAAGACAAAGUCGACAUAAAGGCGGAUUUGGUAUUUUGAAAACCUAACCUCCGCGACAUCCUCGUUAAAGCCAAGCUACCCUCCAACCGCUCUACCACCAACCAACCUCCCGGUGCCUUCCGUUGCGGAAAAAACGGCCUAAUCUGCCCAUAUACCAGAACCUAAGAACCAGAGCCUAAGAAGCUACACAUUUUUUCUCAACAGGUGAAACACGACCUAUAACCUUCCACAUAACCUGCAAUACUAAAAACGUAAUUUAUAUGUAACCGCUGUAACCUCCAAUAUAUUGGGGAAACUAAACGCAAAUCAAAAGAACGCUUUAAUGACCACCGCAGAACUAUAGACUCAUCAUCUCGAUCCACACCGACCCACGCCGCUGAACACUUUUUGCAACCUCACCACUCCUCAUCUGACACAGAGCUCAUACCUAUUCAAAAACCAAAAAAUAACCGCGACUCCAUCCGCAAAGCAAGAGAAGCCACACUAAUAGCUCGCGCUGGCACUCUUGAACUCGGUGGCCUCAACCGACGUGAAGAAAGCGUUUAGUAAUCCACACCACCCUAUUUAUCAUCACCCGCUAUUUUCUUUAAGUUACUCCUUACUUAUUUACUAUUUUUAUCCUUUGUUAGUUAAUCAUCAAUGAACUUUGUACAUAUACUAGCUGUAACAUGCCAUUGUAACUCAUUUAUCAGGUAUUGGCCUGCCGAAAUAUCGUUAAAAAAAUCUGCGUUGUUGUCGACUUUUUCUUUUAAAGGUUUUAUUAAUUAAUCAACUGUCGACGCAGACUAAAAGGUCCGAAACACACCAGCAGAUAGAGGCUGUCCGGUGGUUUCUUUCAACGUCUUUGCUAAUUUAGAUGUCAUGUAGCUCAAGGAGAUAGUCACCUGAUGUGUGACGUAAUCAGUAGCGUCGCAAGCAGUCGUAAAGCGUUCUAUUUCAAUUAUUGAACAAAAAUAAGCAGUUAUGGAGCUCCCCUUUUUGGCAGUGCUAACAUAUAUAUAUAUAUUUAGGGAGUAUUAUAGUACUUGGUGGUUUCAGUACAUUCCUAUGGGAUGUGCUCCAACCAAGCCAAGUCUAUACUACUCACUGUCGUAUGGUAUCACAUUUUGGUGAAACUAUAUGGUAUCACAUUUUGGUGAAACUAUAUGAUAAAAGAUUUUGGUGAAACUAUAUGGUAUCACAUUUUGGUGGAACUAUAUUAUAAAACAUUUAGGUGAAACUAUAUGGUAUAAUAUUGUGGUGAGACUAUAUGAUACAAGAUUUUGGUGUCAGCUUAUGAAUAAAUUACUGGAACUAUA